AUGGCGCUACAAUAUCCUUUGUUAUUCCCGUAUGGUGAGCGUGGAUACCAGAUUGGUGUUCUGUAUAAUGGUGCCAUGCCAGCUAGGAAAAAUGCUCGCAGUAAGGUUACCAUGCGGGAUUACUUAUGUUACAAUUUCCAUUAUAGACGGAAUCAGCCAAAUCCAUAUCUUUGUUACGGUCUUCUAUCUAGUCAGGCCAAGAUUGAUGCUAGAGCAGCUAUAGAUGAAAGCAGAUUAUGGUACAUUCUGGAUAAUCAGGCUGAUCUUCGAGUUGAGAACAUUCAGGGUAUAUCCGAUGCUGUAGACCGUGGCUGUGUGGACGGUACACAGAUGGGGAAAAUGACUGUUUUGCCAUCCUCAUUCACGGGAGGCCAGAGGUACAUGAUUCAGAACUAUCAUGACGCCAUUGCAAUAUGUAGGGUUCAUGGUCUGCCUGACUUCUUUGUGACAUUCACAUGCAACGCCAAGUGGCCUGAGAUAGAUGAGGGUAUCAUUGAACCAGGACAGAAGCCUAGUGAUAGAGCCGACAUCAUUGUUAGAGUUUUUAAUAUGAAGCUUGAAGACCUAUUGCAUGAUAUUAAGAGUGGAAAAGCCUUUGGUCCAUGUAGUGCAGUAUUUGAGAUACCCGAUCCAAAGGAAGAUCCUUUGGGAUAUGCUCUUGUGGCGAACAAAUGGUGUUCCAAAAGAUUUCCAAAGCCUUACCAAGAUGCAACUUUGGUCAAUGAAAAUGGAUUUGCGAUUGUCAAAGGAGGCAAGAGACAGGAUAAUUCAUGGGUUGUGCCAUAUAAUUUAUCCUUGCUCAAGAGGUACCAAGCUCACAUUAAUGUAGAAUGGUGUAACAGGAGCAUCUUUGUUAAGUACCUCUUCAAAUAUGUGACUAAGGGACCGGAUUGUAGCAGGGUCUACCUCCAAAGAAUUAGAGAUGGUGUAGACCCCCCCUAUGAUCAAGAGAGUCAAACUAUUAAUGAGGAAUUCCUGCGCAGGACAAUGCUCACUCAGUGGUUUGUUGCUAAUCAGACCCAUUCUCAGAGCAGGGAGUUAACUUAUUGUGACUUUCCUUCUAAGUGGAGAUGGGAAGAGACCUCUAGGACAUGGGAACGGCGGUGUCACAACAUCGGUAAAAUAGGUCGUAUCCAUUAUGUUCAUCCUUCGGCUGGUGACCGGUACUUCCUAAGAAUGUUAUUGUUGGUGGUCAGAGGAGCCACAAGUUAUGAAGAGCUUCGAUCCUUCCAGGGUAUCUGCCAUCCUACUUUCAGGAGUGCAUGCAGGGCCCGUGGUCUUCUUGGUGAUGACCAGGAGUGGUACAGUGCUUUUGAUGAAGCUGCUGCUUGGGCAACCUCUAGACAGUUAAGAAACCUUUUUGUUACCAUGCUCCUAUUUUGUGAGGUUGGAGAUGAGUCUGCCUUUUUUGAGAAGGUUUGGAGGCUCCUAGCUGAUGACAUUCAAUACCAGUUCAGAGACAUGAUUGGUAACCAAAACUACCAGAUGCCAGACAAUGACAUUAGGAAUCGCUUGCUUGAUGAUCUAACUGCUUUAUUUGCUAAAAGUGGUAGCAAUAUACACAAUUUCAAUCUUCCACAUAGAACAAGUGCUUCUGGCUCUUCUUCCACAAACCGUUUGGUUGAAGAAGAAUUUGCAUAUGACGUUCUUUGUUCAUCUGAUCAGUCAAACUUACUAUCAUCGCUCAACGAUGAGCAAACUGCUGCCUUCAAUUCUAUAGUCCAUAGGGUUACAAAUGAAGAACCUGGAUUCUUCUUCGUCUCUAGCUAUGGUGAGCAUAACAUCAGGUGCAUAGUUCAUGCAAUCUAUCCAGAUUUACAGAACUGCUACUCUGAUUCCUCCUACCUUAGGGACCGAGCCAUCUUAACACCUACCAAUGAUUUGGCCGAAACACUUAACGCGCAUGUUGUUUCUCUCCUCCCCUGUGAGGAAAAGGAAUAUUUGAGCUGUGACAAAAUAGGAAAGCCUCCAGGCACUCAUGAUGCAUAUGAUCUAUUGUAUCCUGUUGAGUUCCUAAACUCUCUCAAUGGAAAUAAUUUCCCUCAGCACCGACUCAUUCUUAAAGUGGGUGUCCCUAUAAUGUUGCUACGGAAUUUAAGCCAAUCUGAUGGCCUCUGCAAUGAUGUUAUUGGUGUUAUCAUCAAAGUGCAUCCAGCAGUCCCAACGCGUUUACCAGGACAGGCAACAUCGACUCUGACCCGGGACAUAAUUAUUCAAGACUUAAAAGACAACGAGCUUAGGGUCACGUUAUGGGGACUGCGAAGCACAACAUUCAGCCUUGAAUCUAUCUACAAUGCCAGUGCUCCGAGGGCAGUUGUCUGUUUAUUUGAUCAGCACUUCCCAAUAGAUUUGCCUCCUUCAUCACCAACGCACCUCCAAGAGGACGAACAGAUUGUCAUAGAGCACAAGUCACUUGAUGAGCUAAAUGCAGUUGAUCCCUAUGAGUUCCCUCAAUCAGACUUUCACUGCACAGUCACAGUUACGGCUGUGCCAGAUGACGAUUCGUGGUGGUAUCUAGGCUGCCGAGGAUGCAAAAAAUCCAGUUCUGAUCAGGUCGGCGGUGCGCCUUGGUGCGGUGGUUGCAAAUCCUCAUAUUUUAUGCCAAGGUACAAAUUGGCAUUCGCUGCUACAGACAACACUGCAGAGGGUCGGUUCUUCUGCUUUGACGGUAUUGCUCAGCAGAUCGUUAAGAAAAGCUGUGAGUCUCUCUUUCACCUUCCUAAUAGAAUCAGUGGCACACCUCCUGGACUAACAGCUAAUGUUGGAAACAAGUAUACAUUUGCUGUAGGCCUAACGAGCGAAUCUUACUAUUCAAAGAACACAAGGGAAUACCAGGUCAAGUAUAUUAUGGAAGAUUUCUAG